CAGGAGGAGAUUUGGGACGUCUUCAGCAGAAGUGGCACCCACGUAGUGCGGUUUUUCAACCCUGGCAUUUUCCUCGAGAGAGAAUCAUCUGUAUAGAGAAGCGAAGCGGUCUAAGAACAGAGCCCUGAGUCACGCCAGAAGCUAGAUUUUGCCACCUCACCCCAUCUAGGCCUAAAGGACCUACAAUAUCUGAGAGAACCACAUCGUUUCAAGCCCUGGCAAGUUCCUGGUGAUUUCUCAUCGUCUUAAUGAAUUCAGCUGGGAGUGCAUUGGCCCUGAUGCCCACCCCCUCGGAGAGAGCUCCAGUGCUCUUGCAUAUAUCUGCAGGGCUGCUCCAUGCUCUCCCAUUGUUUGCACAGCUUCUGUCACUCACAGAUACUCUGAGAGGGAGUGAGGGAGAAAGCUGAGCCGCUCUGGAGGUGGGAGAUACUUGUGCUGCUGGGCUUUUGAAAACUUUCUCAAAGCUUUCUGAAGAAAAAAACAACAGCUUUUCUCCUCACCUGUGGACAGGUGGAAUCAUGGGUGUGAUGUCACUGCUGCUGUUGACCGUGAUUGGUUGGUGUGGUGGAGCGCCGCCAGUGAGGGAGGUGUACCGAAUGCCACAGAGCGCGCUCAAAGCGCUGUCUGACAGAGGAACAGUAGUGAUGGAGGCGGCUCUGUCUCGAGCUCUGUCUGCUGUAGAUGCUGCCGUAUCGGAGCGCAGCAGGGCUGAGUCAGGCUGCAGAGGGUGUGUGCCCUGUCUGUUUCAGGACUGUGGACAGCGGAAAAGCGCCUGUGCGUCUCCAGAAGACACACAGUCGGAGCCCAGCUGUGAGCUCAUCUCACUUGCUCAGCAGGAGGAGGACGAAGGCGAGAGGAGCUGGAUGUUGAGUCAGGCCUGUGGUUUCUACAGACGCCGCUGCACACCUGCUCAGGUGAACAGAGACGUCUGUGUGAGAGUGAUGGGAGAAAGAUGCAGUGCUCGAGUCCUGCAGUGCAGUCUGAUCAACACCAUGCAGAACCUGGAGCCAGACACGCAGAGCACAGCACAGGCUGUGUGUGGCCAGCGCUUCUCGGUCACUCAGAAUGGGACUCAACCCAGGGCUCGUAUCAUUGGAGGAUCUCCUGCUCCUCUGGGCAGCUGGCCAUGGCUAGUGAACCUGCGGCUGGACGGGGCUCUGAUGUGUGGAGGUGUGCUGGUGGAUAGCUCGUGGGUCCUCACUGCUGCACACUGCUUCGCUGGGAGCCGCAGUGAGAGUUACUGGACUGCAGUAGUGGGAGAGUUUGACCUCACUAAAACUGACGCGGAUGAGCAGAUCAUGAAGGUCAAUCGCAUUAUUACCCACCCGAAGUUUAACCCAAAGACGUUCAAUAAUGACAUUGCUCUGGUGGAGCUGAGCUCUCCGGUGAUUCUGUCUGAACGGGUCACUCCUGUCUGUCUGCCCUCUGACUUGGAUCCUCCGGCUGGCACACCCUGUUUAGUGGCCGGCUGGGGAUCUUUGUAUGAAGACGGCCCAUCUGCAGAUGUGGUGAUGGAGGCGAAGGUGCCCCUGUUGUCUCAAGCCACAUGUCAAAGUGCAUUGGGGAAAGAGCUGCUCACUAACACCAUGUUCUGUGCUGGCUACCUGUCCGGGGGCAUCGACUCAUGCCAGGGGGAUUCUGGAGGGCCGCUGAUCUUCCAGGACCGUUUGUCAGGACGCUUUCAGCUGCUUGGCAUCACCUCUUGGGGUGACGGCUGUGGGGAGAAGGGGAAGCCUGGCGUCUACACACGGGUCACUGCCUUCUCUGACUGGGUCCUGACAGAGAUACAGAAGUCCUUCGGGAGUCGAGAACCCACAUGUCCUGAGCUGCUGAAAACAAGCGAGUUGACCCAGGAACAGCAGGUGGCGGAGUUUAGCUCACUUUGCCACUUUUACACACUCUCCUGCUCUCCGACCCUCGACCCCUUGGCCUGCCAGCGCCUCGCUCUUGACAAAUGCCAAAGCCGCUUUAAGAAGUGCCAGUUACACUCCUUCCUGCAGACGCUACUGGACAUGCUCCAGCGGGCCGAUGACUAUAUCAGAGAUAAAGUGGAUCUGACCUUCUUCACCCAGACUCUUCCUCAGCUGGUGGAGAACGUGUACAACUCUGCUCAUAUGCCACGAAGACGCAGAAACACACUUGAAACAGAGCAGCUAGGCCUGCCAGCGCUGUUCCAGCAAGUGGGACCCCUGGUGGACGACUGGGAGAACUACCUGAGAGACAUCGCUGAUGAUCUGGAGCAACACAAAGAGCUGAAGAAUUUAAAUGAGCAAGAACUCUUCACACCGGAUGUGGACAGUGGAAAAGCACCUCUCCGGCAGUUCGACAGUGCUCUGCGCUCCUCCAUUGCUGCCAUGCGAUCCAAACUGGAAACACUGCGCAUUCCUGUCAUUCCAGAACUGGACCACCAACUGUUUGAGAGAGAUUUCACCACGUCCACCACUGCAGGACAACAGGAAUACACUGGCCAUUCUGGAGAAGCUCUAUGGUCUUCUGAAAGUUGGACCACUCUGAUAAAUGAAGGCCUCAGAGGAAGCACAAGCAGUGUUACGGGACGUCCCAUGAUGAUGGCAUCGCCUCAGGGUCAUAUAGAUUCAACAUCCAGAUCUGUGGAGCCUUCUGCACAACCAGUGAAUCUCAUGACUCUGGAAACUUCUUAUUCACUGCUCGAAAAACGCUCAGUUCCUACCCAUAAACCCCUUCUGCAGGAGCCAUUCUUCAAAAAGCUCAUGAGGAGGAGAAAGAGAGACUCGCACAUGCGAACCAAACGAGGAGCCAAUGACAAAGUUUGCUCAGGAGUAACUGAUUCAGCUCAUCUGGUCAGCACCACCAAAGAGAUGUACAACUGGAUCCUGUCUCUUCCAUCCAACAACAUAAACAUGAUCUUCCAGGAGGUGCAGGUUGAUCUGAAGUCUAAGAAUGAACGUGGUUUGUACCAGUCCCGCAUCAAGGCCACCAUCGGCGGGCGACCUCUGACUUUUUACAGUUUGGUGGGUUUGGAGAACGAGGCAUUCUACCGCAGCAUGCCACGUGUCAUUUCCAUUGCCAUUGAUGCUCUCAAAACGUAAAACACACUCACACAUGCUGCUGGAAAAGGAAUCAUUCUUGAGGUCAAACUGCAACUGCAUCAUAAACUCUACACAUGCUGCUAUGGAAAUGGUUGACUGAGUCCUCCCUUCUUUCUGGAGUCAUUUCAGGACAUUUUUUUCUGGAGGAUGAAGGCUCCCGGUGGGUCACUGCGAUCUGAGAUUGUGACUGUUUCCUCCUUUCAUUAACUUAUUUAGCAAGGGCAGAGGUUGAUCUUCAUGUCUGAGCUGCAAACUGUACAGAUAUUAUAUUUGAUGUUUGGUUUAUAUAUUUAUUUCUGUAUUUUUAUAUUAAAACUCAAAUUAUGUUCAAAUAAAUGGAGUUCUUGGAAAUAGC